AUGAAGGAACCAUUUCUUGAUCCAAUGGAGAAACAACGAAAGUUCAUUAAUGAUCGAGAUGGUUUCGACCUCAGUGCCCCUCCUUCAUUCAAAAUAAACGAGAUUCGAGCUGCCAUUCCUCAGCAUUGUUGGGUGAAGAGCACAUGGAGAUCUCUCAGCUACGUUUUAAGAGACAUGCUUGUUAUUUUUACGCUCAUAGCAGCUUCCACCCACUUAAACAAUUCGUUUUUCUGGCCGCUUUACUGGACUGCUCAGGGUACCAUGUUCUGGGCGAUAUUCGUGCUCGGACAUGAUUGUGGGCAUGGAAGUUUCUCAGAUAAUUCUAAGCUCAACAGCUUGGUCGGACAUGUCCUGCAUUCUUCAAUCCUUGUGCCUUACCACGGAUGGAGAAUUAGUCAUCGGACUCAUCAUCAGAACCAUGGAAACAUUGAAAAAGAUGAGUCUUGGGUUCCGUUGACUGAAAAGAUUUUCAAGGAACUGCCUCCCAAAUCUCGAAUAUUGAGAUUUACUGUGCCUUUCCCAAUGUUGGCUUACCCUCUUUACUUGUGGUUCAGAACUCCAGGAAAGGAAGGAUCCCAUUUCAACCCCAAUAGCAGCUUAUUCAAAGCAGAUGAGAGGAAAUUAGUGGUGACUUCAACUCUCUGUUGGACUCUAAUGGUUGUUUUGCUAGCCUACUUAUCCUUUGUAGUAGGUCCUGUCCAAAUGCUUAAGAUUUAUGGUGUUCCUUACUUGAUUUUCGUAAUGUGGGUGGACUUUGUAACAUACUUGCAUCACCAUGGUCAUGAUGAACACAAACUUCCUUGGUACCGUGGAAAGGAAUGGAGUUAUUUAAGGGGAGGGCUUACAACAGUUGAUAGAGAUUAUGGAAUGUUCAAUAAUAUCCACCAUGACAUUGGCACUCAUGUUAUACAUCAUCUCUUCCCUCAAAUCCCACACUAUCACUUAGUAGAAGCGACAAAGGCAGCAAAGCCAGUUCUGGGAAAGUACUAUCGUGAGCCGAAGAAAUCUGGACCCAUUCCAUUCCACUUGAUGAAGAGUUUAGCGAGAAGCCUGAGCCAAGACCACUUUGUAAGUGACACUGGGGAAAUUGUGUAUUAUGAAACUGAGCCUAAUCUGUAUAAAAAUUCCGCUGGCAAGUUGAACUGA